AUGGACCUGAGGGAAUUUUACCUGUUGGCCGCUUUGAUUGCCUGUUUGAGGCUGGAUUCUGCUCUAGCUCAAGAACUUAUUUACACUAUUAGAGAGGAGCUGCCUGAAAACGUACCCAUAGGGAACAUACCAAAGGACCUGAACAUUUCUCACAUCAAUGCUGCCACAGGGACCAGUGCCAGCCUUGUCUACAGACUGGUGUCUAAAGCAGGGGAUGCCCCUUUGGUCAAAGUGUCCAGUAACACCGGUGAAAUCUUUACAACAUCUAACAGAAUAGACAGAGAAAAACUCUGUGCUGGAGCUUCCUAUGCAGAAGAAAACGAGUGUUUCUUUGAACUUGAAGUGGUGAUUCUUCCCAAUGAUUUUUUUAGGCUGAUCAAAAUAAAAAUAAUUGUAAAGGAUACUAAUGACAAUGCACCUAUGUUUCCAUCCCCUGUCAUCAAUAUCUCCAUCCCAGAAAACACUCUGAUCAACAGUCGCUUUCCAAUCCCAUCAGCCACAGAUCCUGACACAGGUUUCAACGGUGUGCAGCACUACGAGUUGUUAAAUGGACAGAGUGUCUUUGGACUGGAUAUUGUAGAAACUCCAGAAGGGGAGAAAUGGCCUCAGCUGAUUGUGCAGCAAAACUUGGAUAGAGAGCAAAAAGACACCUACGUGAUGAAAAUCAAAGUGGAGGAUGGAGGAACCCCACAGAAAUCCAGCACAGCCAUCCUGCAAGUCACAGUAAGUGAUGUCAAUGAUAACAGGCCGGUGUUUAAAGAGAGUCAAGUAGAGGUUCAUAUACCAGAGAAUGCCCCAGUAGGCACUUCUGUAAUUCAGCUUCAUGCUACAGAUGCAGAUAUAGGAAGCAAUGCAGAAAUCAGAUAUAUUUUUGGUGCCCAAGUCGCUCCUGCAACCAAAAGAUUUUUUGCUUUAAACAACACCACAGGGCUGAUUACAGUUCAGAGGUCCUUAGAUCGAGAAGAGACUGCUAUUCACAAAGUGACAGUACUGGCUAGUGAUGGUAGCUCUACACCGGCCCGGGCAACUGUUACCAUCAAUGUCACUGAUGUAAAUGAUAACCCUCCUAACAUAGACCUCAGGUACAUAAUAAGUCCCAUCAAUGGCACAGUGUACUUAUCUGAGAAGGAUCCCAUCAAUACAAAGAUUGCCCUAAUUACAGUUUCAGAUAAGGACACUGAUGUGAACGGCAAAGUGAUCUGUUUCAUUGAGAAGGAGGUCCCCUUCCACUUGAAGGCGGUUUAUGAUAACCAGUAUUUGCUAGAGACCUCUUCCUUAUUGGACUAUGAGGGCACCAAAGAAUUCAGCUUUAAAAUUGUUGCUUCUGAUUCUGGCAAGCCCAGUUUGAACCAGACUGCCCUAGUAAGAGUUAAACUGGAGGAUGAAAACGACAACCCUCCGAUUUUCAGCCAGCCUGUAAUUGAGCUGUCAGUUUCUGAAAACAACCGUCGUGGUCUAUACUUAACAACUAUUAGUGCCACAGAUGAAGACAGUGGGAAAAAUGCAGACAUUGUUUAUCAGCUUGGCCCUAAUGCCUCCUUUUUUGAUCUGGAUCGAAAGACAGGAGUUUUGACAGCCUCCAGAGUUUUUGACAGAGAAGAGCAGGAACGUUUCAUUUUCACUGUUACAGCCCGAGACAAUGGCACCCCUCCUUUGCAGAGUCAAGCAGCUGUAAUUGUUACUGUGUUGGAUGAAAACGACAACAGUCCCAAAUUUACUCACAAUCACUUCCAGUUUUUCGUAUCGGAGAAUUUACCAAAGUAUAGCACAGUGGGAGUGAUCACGGUGACCGAUGCGGAUGCUGGGGAAAAUAAAGCAGUGACCCUUUCCAUCCUGAAUGACAAUGAAAACUUUGUGCUGGAUCCAUACUCUGGAGUUAUAAAGUCCAAUGUUUCUUUUGAUCGGGAACAGCAGAGCUCCUACACCUUUGAUGUUAAGGCAGUGGAUGGAGGGCAACCUCCUCGCUCUUCUACAGCAAAAGUAACCAUAAACGUCAUGGAUGUUAAUGAUAACAGCCCCGUUGUCAUCUACCCACCUUCUAAUACUUCUUUUAAGCUGGUGCCACUUUCAGCAAUUCCAGGAUCGGUGGUAGCUGAGGUCUUUGCUGUGGAUAUAGACACGGGAAUGAAUGCUGAGCUAAAGUACACAAUUGUAAGCGGAAAUAACAAGGGUUUGUUUCGGAUUGAUCCAGUGACAGGUAAUAUCACUCUGGAAGAAAAACCAACUCCUAAUGAUGUGGGGCUCCAUCGUUUAGUUGUCAACAUAAGCGAUUUGGGCUAUCCCAAAUCCCUGCAUACUCUUGUGCUUGUCUUUUUGUAUGUAAAUGAUACCGCUGGAAAUGCCUCUUACAUUUAUGACUUGAUACGCAGGACUAUGGAGACACCUUUGGACCGGAACAUAGGGGACAGUAGCCAACCGUACCAAAAUGAGGACUAUCUCACAAUCAUGAUUGCCAUUGUGGCAGGUGCCAUGGUUGUCAUAGUGGUGAUCUUUGUCACCGUUCUCGUUCGUUGUCGACAUGCAUCCAGAUUCAAAGCCGCCCAGAGGAGCAAGCAAGGUGCUGAGUGGAUGUCUCCAAAUCAGGAGAACAAGCAAAACAAGAAAAAGAAAAGGAAGAAAAGGAAGUCUCCGAAGAGCUCUCUUCUGAACUUUGUGACCAUUGAGGAGUCCAAACCUGACGAUGCCGUUCAUGAACCUAUCAACGGGACAAUAAGCCUUCCAGCGGAGCUGGAGGAGCAAAGUAUAGGAAGAUUUGAUUGGGGCACAGCACCACCAACAACAUUUAAGCCUAAUAGUCCUGAUCUUGCCAAACAUUACAAAUCUGCCUCUCCGCAGUCUGCUUUUCAUCUCAAACCUGACACUCCAGUCUCAGUGAAAAAGCACCAUGUGAUUCAGGAACUCCCCUUGGACAACACCUUUGUUGGUGGCUGUGACACCCUUUCCAAACGCUCUUCCACUAGUUCAGAUCACUUCAGUGCCUCAGAGUGCAGUUCCCAAGGAGGCUUCAAGACAAAGGGCCCCUUACACACCAGACAGGCACUGAAUUUUGGAGAUAUGCCGAAGUACUUGUGGGAGAUUUGGGUACCUGACAAACCGUGGGUGUCCCAGCGCCGUGUUACAUUUCACCUCCCUGAUGGCUCCCAGGAAAGCUGCAGUGACAGUGGUCUGGGAGACCACGAGCCGGUGGGUAGUGGAACCCUGAUCUCACACCCUCUCCCUCUGGUUCAGCCGCAGGACGAAUUCUACGAUCAGGCAUCACCAGACAAGAGGACUGAAGCUGAUGGCAACUCUGAUCCCAACUCGGAUGGGCCUCUUGGGCCACGAGGAUUAGCUGAAGCUACAGAGAUGUGUACUCAAGAAUGCCUGGUUUUGGGUCACUCAGACAACUGUUGGAUGCCUCCCAGCCUGGGCCCAUACCAACAGCCAAAGUCUCCUCUCUCCACCUUUGCACCUCAGAAAGAAUGGGUUAAGAAGGACAAACUAGUUAAUGGACACACUUUGACCAGGACCUGGAAAGAAGAUAGCAACAGAAACCAGUUCAGUGACCGAAAGCAGUAUGGUUCCAGUGAGGGUCACUUCAACACUGGCAACCACAUGACUGACAUUCCUCUGGCCAACUUGAAGUCUUAUAAACAGGCCUCAGGAGCUGUUGAGAGUCCAAAGGAGCACCAGCUAUAA